GGCGGGCGUUAUGGCGUGAGGGGACGGAGCGGAACGGAACGGAGAGAGCCCCGAGCAUGGGAGAGCGGCGGGACGAGGCGGCCCGAAGGCCGGGAGCGGGUUUGUAUCCGGAGUUCAGAGAGUCAAGUUCCCUUUUGCAGACAGCGGUUUCGGUGCUGCAGAAUUCCUACUUGGACUCUACAUCUCAGGAUGGUUUUUGGUACAGCCAAGCAAUUCUGGUGGAAAAUGACGUUUUUCUGAGUGAGCUCAAAGCUUUUGUCCAAGCAAAGGAAGCAGCUGGAUACAGCCAAGAGGAGCUUGAGGAGACCUUUGCAUUUCUUCUGUUUGACAACGAAGAAGAGGCAAAAGAGGUGUGUCAGACUGGCCUCCGUGUGAACAGCAGUUCCAUUUCCAUGCUUGGUGACCCAGCAAAAGGGGUGUAUAUUUCCAAGUAUGCAGACUGCCUUCAUCCGAGACCUUGGUAUCAUGGAAAAUCAGGCUUUAUUGUCAUUUGUAAGCUAAUCAAGGGAAAGGUCAAGGUGGUAUCUGAGAAUUACACAACCAGCUACACCUGCCCAUCUCCUGGCUAUGAUUGUCACGUUGCCAUGAGCACGAGCAUCAUGUCAUCAAAGAGCAGCCCCUGCCAAGCCUUUGAACAGAACCAGUACUACGUGUAUGAAGUGUCCGAGGGCAGCACUGCUGAGCGCCCCAGGCAGAUCUGCCCAUACAUAGUCAUUGCCUGCCAGUACAGGGAGCCAAAGGAAAUGCCCAUCUUGGCUAGAGAGAGCCUACCUGAACCUAACCACAAAGGACUGUACUGCCCAUGGAGGGGGCAGCUCUCCAUCCAGGGCCAGCUCUUGUGCAACAUUGCCCUAAAGACCCCAUACAGCUCCACAAUUCCAGCACAGCUCCCUCACAACCUGGACAUUAACCAUGUCAUGGGUUUGUCUGACUUGAAGAAAAAGCUUCCAGAAGCUGCAUUUGGGAAAAGGAAUUACAUUGAGAAUGAAGUUUGCUUUCAGGGCGUUUACUUCAGUCUGUAUGAAGUGGAAAUAUCCAAUAAGGAUCAAGAUAAAAUGGAUCAGCUGCUAGAAAAUCUAAGGAAAAGGGACUUGGCAAUCAUCAAAUAUUUACAAGAUCAUGGAGUUCUAAUCCUCCUGACGUCCUCUGCAUUGGCACAAGAUGAUGGAUUCGACCCCAAGGAGCCUGUCAGCCUCCUGGCCCUGUUUCUGUUCUCCUCAUCCCGAUCGGUGUGUCUGAGAGUUGAAGGACAUAAUCUAAAUUGUGAAAGGAAAGCUAGUGACAUCUCUUUGAAAAUAGCCUCUGUUUUGCCUGGACUUCGCUAUGCCUUGCAGAAAGCCACCAAUUCUUCGUGGGGGGACGCGCUCGGUACCAACGUGUGCAUCAAACAGCACUUCCAGGAGUAUGCAAAGCUUGAAGAAAAUACACAGCAAGCCUCCAGCCAAAUCACAGAAGCUCCCUGUUCUUCUUGCCUGUCACCAGCCGAGGAUGAAGGUAUUAAAUCCUGCAGAGGACACUCCGAGCAGUCUUUCUCCCAGCUGCAGCAUUACUUCUCCAAUCCCAGCAGCUACACUCUGGAAAUGUCAGCUGCCUUAGGAUGCUUGGCUGGUGCUGCUCAGUCUCUUUGCAGCAACUCAGAGACUGACUUCUCUUUAGCUGUACCACCAGACCCAAUCCCUCCUGACGUAACAGGUGGAAACCCAAAGGCUGUUCUGGGGCUGGACCAGAGCAAAGGGCCCACAAAAGAUGUCAGUGCAUCUAGCAAGCUGUGGGUGAAGCAGAACAAGAGGAAAUCCAGCGGAACUGCUGUGACAAGCACCAGGAAGAAAUGGUCACCCCUCAAGAUGCAAAUACAUCCUGUGGGGGAUAGCAGUAGGAAAAGGAAAGCGACCAAGACAGUCAACAUCACGUUCUCUUUUCCUAAAAAAACAGGGCUUACAGCCAACUCCAACGAGCCCAUGCUUAAAUUAGCCCAUUUACAGUUUCCUCACAGAAGGAAAAGAGGUGCAGAGGUGCUGUCUGCAGAAUUUGUACACAAAACACAGUCUGAACCUGUCCAGAAGAGAACCUCAGCUCCCAGCAGUUCUGGCUCAGAAACAAAGAGACCAAAGAUGCUGAAGAAUUUGGAUGUGAAAAAGGCUCCUGUUACUGAAAGCACUGCAAAGCCAGUGAAGAGUCAGGUGAUAAAAAGCGUGGCUAACAGGCCAUCAAAACCUCACACCAAAAAGCCAGCAGAAAGCGAGUGGAAGGAUCCAUUCUCCAUCCUCCCAAGUGAAGUUUCUUCCCAAAGCCAAGCAGCAGACAGCCAGAUGGGUGAGAUUUAUCCCAGCAGCAUCUCUGGCCAUGCUUUCGAUACGAAGGGCAGUGACUACGAGUCCCAUGCCUUGAACUUGCUGGCAGACCUGGCUCUGGGUUCUUGUAUUCCUCCCUUUAACCUCGUGGACAGCAGGAUGAUCUCUUUGUCCUGCAGCUCGUCCACUGACUCUGCCAAGGAGCAGCAGAGUCAUCGUAAGCCCAAGUCCUCACGCAGUGCUUCCGACCACGAAUACCACAGGGUAGACAAGCUUGCAAAGGCAGCUGUCUCGUCUACUAAAGCAUCUCCAAACCAGAAGCUUCCCCCUAUUGGAAAAACAGAAUUAAAAGACUCAACCCCUAUUCCUGGAGAGAAAAGCCUUGGGCUUAACAGCAAGAACAGCCAACAAACGUGUGUGCUGCCUCCAACACAGGAGGCCACCGAGGUGAACAAACACUCCUUCAUCUCCUCCGAGCACUCCUACGCCUCGCUGAUGCCUGAGCACUCAAAGAAACACAGAGGUGUCCCCUACCCUGGCUCAGUGCCCUCCAGAAAUGGGACCAGGAGCUCCCGAGCAGCACCCCUGGUUGGGAAGGUCCUGCCCUUCCGCCACCAGAACAACACCUGCCCUCAGAGCCCCUUUGAGGCCACGAUGGCAAGGCGCAGGAGCAGCCUGCGGCCUCCGAGGCUAAAAGAGGACUUUGCCAAAUCCCACACGGUCAACCACUGCGGUGAGUCCAUGAAGGUGACGUGCCAGUGGGAGGAGGAGUAUCUCUUCCAUUUGGACAGCAGGUACACCAAUGAUGCCCUGGAGAAAACAGUCAUCCGUGCCUUGCAUGGGCCUUGGGACUCUGAUCUACCCGAUGACGUGGAAGAGAUGAAGCUGAUACUUCACAUGUGGGUAGCUCUGUUCUACAGCAAGCCCAGCAAACUCCUGAGCAGCACGAGGAAGGUGGUGGAGCACAGCAACCCCAAGAAAUACGUCUCACUAAACAGCACUGGAGACUUUUUUGAGCUGAGUGAAGACAGUGAUGAUUGCUUUGAGUUGGAGACGUGCCCUGCGGAUUCACGAUCAGACCCUGACCAGACUCCUAGCAGCUCUCUGGAUCCCAGCACACACUGCCAAGGCUGUUUCCACCCAGAGGAGAGCCCUGCAGACUCUCAAACUGAUGCUGAUGGGACUCCUGGUGUUGUAGAUAGUACGGUAUCAUCCUUUUCAGGGGAGGAGGAGCCUUCCUCCACGAGCUCAGAGAGCCCUUCUCUCACUGAACACGCAGAUCAGAGCAACCUGGCUGGAAAAUACAGAGCUGAGGAGUGUGUACAUGACAUCUCAACUGUCACUGCAGUUGAGCCACUCAAGGAGGAACUGAUGGAUGCUGGGAUGAUCCCCAGCCCUUCCAUUGAGCUUGGUGAUGCUGGUGAGCCCCAGACUGUGCUGGGCAGGGAAAACCCACACGGCCAAAUUCUGAAUUUCAGCCCAGCUCCCCAGAGUGAUGCCCUGUGUGCUCAGCAUGGAGGUGGAGAGCAGCCUGAGAACAGAUGGGCAGGUGGCCCCAGUCCUCCUGAAGAAAGGGGGAGCACGGAAGAUGCUGGACAUGGUAUGGACAGCAGCUGGGCCGCCAGCGAUGGACCCCAACGUUGCCGUGAUUCGAUGCCCUCAGAAGCAAGUCUCAAAACUCACUCAAACCCCAUUGGAUUUGGUGAAGAAGAGAAGGAAUCACAAGACCCCAUAGGACAUACAGAAAAAGAGGAGGAAAAGGUGGAGGAGGGGAAAAGAGAGAAAGAAGAGUUGGAAAAUGAAAGCACGUUCGCAAGACCUGUCGAUUUAGCAUUUUUAGAAAGAGGUGAUGUACAGCUGGUGAAUUCAGCACCUCCAAAGGACUUUGGCAUUCCUGGAGAUGGCCCUAUGUCCAUCCCCACUGCCUCUGUGUUACCCUGCGAGAAUGGAUCAGUGCCAGCGCCGUCGGGUGGGACUGGGGCUGGACCUCAAGGACUUUCUGGUGGUGCAGCCCUCAGCCUGAGUGCUCUGCAAGAGCCCUGGGGGACUUUGGCCACCCCAAGGGCAGAGACAAAUGGUGUGGGUUUGGCACACGCAGACGGACCCGUGUCAGUGCUGCCGUUGUCCCCCGUUCUGAGCCUUGUCUGUGGGGUUACUGUCACGAGCAGCUGCCGAUCUGCCAGGGAGAUGCUGAGGGAUGGGUUGGAAGAGAAAGAUGAGGAUCGUGCGCCCUCUGCAGAAACACGGGGGCCUGCUGGGAGCAAAACUGCCUGCACAACUGGCCUUGAGUCACCACGAGGUCAGGAACCCUUCCUAACCCAGUCCCCUGACGCCAGCUCUGUCUGCUUCGAUGGAGGAGCUGAUGUGGGGGCUGCUCCGGAGGACCAGGUGGCCACAGCUCUCCUCCAGGCAUUCCUCCAGACUCCACCAAGGAGUGGCCCAGGAGGGAGCCUUUCCCAAAGGUAUGCAGGUGAUGUUAGCACUGAGCUCACUUUGCUGAACGCUGGUGAGUCGCACCCAGACCAGAACGAGGUUUUGGAACAAGGGCAGCAUGGCAGUCCUUCUGCCAACCACACAGAUGUGCUGGAUGAGCCCUCGGGAGCAUGUGAUGGUCAGGGCUUUGCCUUCAGCUGUGCAGCCUGGGCAGGUGGCUCUGACACUGAGGCAAUCACUGAUGUGUGCCUCGGUGCAGAGGAGCCCCCUAGUAGCAAUGAAAUGAGCGUAGUUGAUGCACCACAGGAGCUGAAGACCUCUCUUUGUGACCUGUUAGAAUCAGGUUCUUCCUCCUCAAUGAGAGAGGAGGAGCCUGUUGGUGAUGUAUCACCUCUCACUGUGGCCCAGCACCAGCAAAGUUCUCCAAACAGCCCAUCCCUACCUUCCCCCCAUCAGGACCCUUCUCACGGUACUGCUGCAGACCCCCAUUGCUGCUUAUUAGAGCAAAGUGAGCAGGAACCAGACCUGUGCCCACAUGGAAAGCCCUGCAAGACAGUGGCUGCUGUAGAGGAGAGUGUGGCCGCUGAGAACCCAGCACUGGAUGGCUCCUUGAAGCCUGAAUGUGCAGAAGGAGUGAAGAAGGACUUGGGGCUGUGCCACGCAGAGCCUGCAGAGAGCUCUCCUCUGGAUAUGCUGACGCCUGGAGAGCUGGGAUCGAGGCCUUGUUCUCCUCUGCGUGGGCACAAGGCUGAGCCAGACCCAGUCUUUGGCACGGGCCCCAAAAUGAGUCCAACUCGUGCUCCAGAUGCUGCCCCAAGCUCCAGCUGCAUGGGACAGCUACCAUCAGAUGCUGACAGCAGGUGUGCCUGCCCCGGGAGCCCUGAGGAGUGCGAGGGAGGAAGCAGCAUCCCUCCUACCACCCCUGCAUCAUUUGGAGCAGGGGAGUUCAUGCCCGUAGGAGAGCCCGCGUCUUUGUGCAGCCAGGAUGACUCCGCUGUGUUGGCUGAUCCAAAUUGUGCUGAUGAAGAGUUGGAAGAGGGAGAAAUCCCUGUUCAGUCAAUGCCAACAUCUCUGCUACGUGCAGACACUGGAGAGAGCAUAGAGGUUAGUGACACUGGGGACAUUUUGGAUGCUCUUCUGAAGGCAAAACGCUUCCCCAGCACAGAAAAAUGUGUGGGUUUGAGCUGGGAAGAUCCAUCUUACAGGUCCCCCUCCAGUGACUCGGACUGGGAGAAGCACUUGGGACGCACUGCUCACCCCCUUCUUAUACCCAGGGGUUGCCACUGCUCAAGGUCCAUGGGUGCCACGAGGACUGACUGCGAUUCCUCAUCCUCCAUGAGCUCGGGCUGCUCGGAGGGAUGCAGUGAGGAGUGGGGAUCGCUGAGCACUGAGGAGGGCUGCUGGUGGCCCACCAGCCAAUGGAAUACCAGCAGCAGGCACAUGCCACCCUAUGUCAAUAUCACGGACAGCUGGGGGAUCUCCAGGGAUUACCUGAACUUCACGGUCACCACAAAAUGCCCGGGCAGGAUGGGAAGCUCACAGGGGCAGACUCAUUUGCUGGAGUCACUGAUGGGGACUUGGAAGGGUUUUGAAGAAAUCACCCAGCACACUAUGGACAUGGAGCAUCUCCGUUUCCAUUAUAAGCUAAAACAGAUCCUAAGGAGUGGGACACCACCCAUUUCUACCUCCAUUUUUCCUAGAGACUGCUCUCCCCAGCCAUCAUCUGUGCGAGGAGCUCCUGCCCCUCACUCCCUGCGAAGCAGGAGCCCUUUGCAGGUGACAAUCCUGCCCUCAGACACACGGCCACGUGGCCUCAAGUCCCACCAGCAAUACAGCCACCACAGGGACUCCUCCCAUUGCACUCCAUCGUGGGACACCUGCUGGUGGCAGAAGAGCAGAGCCAGCUCCCCAAACCGGGGCUGUGCAGCUCCUUUCCAUCUCAGCAAGCUGAAAUAUGAGAAUAAACUGAAGGACUCCCGUGGGGACAUCUCGGUUAUCCUCGAUGAGUACGCAGAGUUCAACAGGGUGAUGCUGAGUAAGGUUGACACAGAGGGGGAGAGCAGAGGGAAGGGUUUGGCACACGGGGAGACCGUCAGCGCUCGGUGCUGCACGUCCCUCCCCAGGAGGACUGCUGCCUUUGAGGAUGUGAUCACAGAGCUGUGCAGCACGCUGCAGUUCCGCCUGCGCAGCGUGGCCGAGGAGGCGUGCAGGCAGCCUGGGAUGUUCUACCUGGUGGAGACAGGAGAGGAACCCUUCUUUGCAAGAGUGAAGACGUUGCUGAAGAAAGAUGGCCACGUGGAGAUUGAACCUCUGAGCUUCUGCAGAACAAAACACCAGGACACCAACUGGCUGCUCGUCAUUAUCAGGAACGAGGACAUCUCCUCACACAUCCACAAGGUCCCGUGUUUGCUGAGGCUGAAGCACUGUCCCAACGUGGUGUUUGCUGGAGUGGACAGCCCUGAAGACAUCACAGAUCAGACGUACCAGGAGCUGUUCCAUACUGGUGGCUUCGUGGUGUCAGAUAGUGAGGUGUUGGAAACGGUGACGUUGGGGCAACUGAAAGAGGUGGUGAAGGUCCUGGAGAAGCUGAACAGAAGCGGGAGGUGGAAGUGGUUCCUCCACUACAAGGAGAGCAAAAAGCUCCGAGAAAACGUCAGGGUGGAUGCCAACGCCCAUAGGAAGAACUUGAUCCUGAAGUCAUGCCAAGACCUCAUUGAGGUGCUGCAUUACCACGCGUGCGAUUCCAGCUCGUCCCCCAGAUCGGAGUACAUGAAGUGCUUGUUGAACCUGCAGGUCCAGCACGUCAGCGCCAGGUUUGCGGUGUAUCUCACAGAAAAGCCCAGCGUCAGCAGAGACGUCUUGGAAAACAAAGGGAUCCUCGUGGCCGACAUCAGCACCUUCCUGGGGAUGGCACAGAAAGUGGCUGCCCCGUUUAGGAGAAGCUGCUGGUAAGAGGGAGCUUGAGAUCAACCCCCCCCCCCAGGCUGCAGAUUGAGGCAUAGGGAUGGGAUGAAGAGCACCAGGAGCAGCUCCUGGGGGCUGGCAGGGAGUUGGCACACAGCAAGAACCCAUGCCAGCAUCUCUGUCCUGCUGUGACAAAGCUGCACAAGGGGCAGCUCCUCUCUGAGCCCUACAGUUCUGCUUGGGGUCUUCCAACCCUCCAAAGGACAGCCCCAAAAGCACACAGUGGCCAGGGGAAGGGUGACUUCAGUUCUGUAUAUAGGAAUUAUUUAAAGAUGGCUCAGUGCAAAUCCUCGUGCAGAUUUGCUUCCUGCCAUCAAGUUGGGCGUAGGACAGAGGUUUUGUUAACAUUGCAGUUUUUAAGUUAUUGUGGUGGUUUUUAAGCAAUUAGUGCAGCUGACAAGGAAAGGAAUAGGAAAACCAAAUGUGGUUUACUUGAGGGGUAGAAGCAAUACUGUGAGCUCUGGCUUUCCACAUGACUGUUACUGUACACAAGUGCAUGUGUUGGAUGCUGGGGGGGGGGGGGUAAGGGGACGGGGUGUAUUUCAAAUGCCAUUUGGGGACCAUUGUCAGACUCUGGGGAAGCAGAAAUCCACUCUACACUACAUUUCAAGUCACCCACGUUGCCUCCAUUUCAUUGUGGGGAUGUGAGUCUCCUCCAGCAGAUGGAAAACCCUGUAAGUGCUGGAAAAGAACCUCUUAUUUAUAGUAACUCAGACCCAUGUGCACCAUGAAGAAAACAGCACUGAGGACCUUUGUCAGAUACCCUCUGUCUUCACGUGGAGAACAUUUUGUCCUUUGUUGUUUGUUUUUUUUUAAUGAAAUGACAUAAACUGUACAGGAUGACUUUGUACAUAGUUUGACUAAUAAAAGCCUGAAGCUUUCCUAUG